AAAAAAGUUAGUGAUAGCUUUGCAGAAGCCAAAGAGCAAUCUGCAACUAUGGAAGAGCUUGACGAUGUUCUUGGUAUUCGGAGCUUUGAAUUCCUCCUAACUUGGCUGUAUACUGGCGGUAUCAAUUUCAGAAUUCAAAAACCAAGCCCCAAGGGCUCGACUUUCGUUGAAUUUGUACCACUGGCCGAUAUGUACGGCAUCAGUCAAGUCGACGUCCAGAUCGCUGAACACCUGAGGAAAUUGAUUCGCCAGAGAAUCACCUACGAGAGCAGCAUUAGCACAUAUUUCUUUUUUGAAAACCCCGAUGGCAUACUCUCGGUUGCCAAAUUGCCAAUGGGACACCCGGUACGCUCUAUGAUAGCUGCAGUAUCCGUUGCUGGAUUCCUCUCGAAGAAAGACUACAAAUCCUUCAACGUAACUCAGGAAGUUCCUGUGUUUGGGGCUGAUCUUCUUGCCAAAGUCCAAGCAACACUCAGAGGCAUCCAACGCGACCGCUCUUGGAGGCCAUAUGCAACGGACCCUAUUACCAAUAGGUGA